UUGCUGUCUCUUUUCCACACGAUUAUUUAGGAACGUAACUAUGCACGUGCGUGUACCAUGUAUGAUGCACUGUUCAGAAACACGUGCGAUGGAGCAGCUUCGGCGUGAAGAAGUGGUGUUGUUCAUAAGUGCAAAAUAGAAAAAAAGGAGGAGAAAGAAGGGUUACUUUGAGUGAUUCAUUAAUUCGUGUCACGAAAACUGUGUCUAAAACAGUCCCAGGCCAGCAAUGAAGCGGUCGGCAGAAAAGUGCUUCACAAUGGCAUCUGGUGAGAGUUGUCGUAAUUGGAUUAUUGUGCUCUGUAUUGGCACGUUCAUAUUCUCUUCAAGCAGCGAUGCCUUGGGUGCUGCACCAGGACAAGGACUACCGACCUGGAUAUCACUUGGGAUAAAAUCACCGUUCGUUGUGUUCCGCUCCGAGCAUGAAGUGCUGUCGAACAACAGCGUUUUGCUAAAUCUAACCGAAAUAAGGAACAAAUUGAAAGCCGUACAAAACCUAGACCACUUCAUCCGACCCAUCGACAGCAGCAGCAGUAGUCGCAGGGAGCUAACCACCGGGGGGAAGGGUGGUGAAGGGACGCUCAGGCACGUCAGCGGUACAGAGCCACCGACGGUACCCCCCGCCGCACCCCCCGUGUUCAGUGCCGAGAGUGCGUUCAGCGGAAGAAAUGUGUCGAUAACUUUCCUAACCACGGUGGCUCCGUCGUUCGUGAACCACUUCGAGAAGACCUCCAGAGGCGGCGGUGUCCUGAGCCGGCCAACGGCAGCGAUGGGCCAACAUUCUGCGCCUAGUGUGAUCGGCACGGCAGACCACAUGAUAUCGGAUGACGAUGGCGGCAGUAAAAAGGAGCGCAAGUACAUCAUUCCCCUCGCGCUGAAAACAUCCACGAAUGAGAAGGAGAAAACCUCAUCCGUAUUCCACGGGUCAUCUACUAAUAUCGAUGACCUGAAACGGCACAUUUUGAUGUUGCAAAAUCUCACCCAAUCGGAUAAAAACUUCCAGAGCAAGUUCGUGGUGUUUCCCUCGCUGCAGAAGAACGGAACGACGCCCGGUCCGACGCCAUCGGUAGCAGCAAACCCGUCGAUAGCUGGCAUCCCGAACACCGAUCCGCAGCGCCAGUUGGCAAUGGCAACGGGACUCCCGACACCGUCGAGGGGUGAGGUGUCGCAGAAGGAGUAUCGCAACGUGCCCAUCCCAGGCCGUGGCCGGGCAGCGAUGGGAGAGAAAAACAGUUCCAGUCAACAAGCGACGAUGCGCACGGCGGGCUACGGUGCCACUGCUAGCGGAUCGAUCAACGUGCCAAAGAAAGCGUUUCCCGAAGCACACGACAUACUUUCCGAUAGGAAGGACGCCGCGGUUGGCGAGGCGUCCGGGGGCCUGCAAAUGUACAAGACGGAAAAAAUCACAAUUGUGCCCCAAGUAUUCCUGCAGAACGAUCAAACAAGUGAAACUGUCAGCGAUAAGGAGGAGAACUUGGGUGAACCUGUCGCUAAAGUUGUUUCCGUGCCCGCUGGUGGUAAAACGAUAGUUCCCAUCGAGCAAGAAAAUCCGACGCUGUUGAGAACACGUGCAACCAAGAGAAAAAACGCCGCACGAAGGACCAGCCAUAAAUCAGUGACCUCAGCCAGCAUUAGUGCCGAAGGAAGCAACCAAACUGGCCUCAUGAGAAGUAGUACCGUUUCUGCUGGUGGCAAUAGCAAGAAGUUGGUGAACUUGAAGGCAGACGGGCAGCAAUGGGUGCCGAGCGAUGGACAGCUGGUCAAUGGUACCACUGUACCGCUUGUGGCUGGUUCUGGAGGUCGGAAAGGCGAAGGCAAGAAAAAACGCAAAAAUGGCCGUCGGCGGGGAGACGGUGUUGGCGGACGGAAGCAAACUGUCAAGAGCAACGACGAAAGCGAACUACCGAAAACUGUAAUAUUGAAUGACGAUGCUUCAAUACAAAUUGACGGUAACGAUCGCCAAGAUGCGGGACGCGACAAGGACCAUGCCGCCAAGUUGCAGCAACACGGUCCUGGCAUCUCCGGAAGUCGAAAGUGGAAUCCGUCUUCUCGAGUGCGGCGAAACGACUUCGGGGGAAGACAACAAGUGACCGGCAAGCAACAGCAGCAGCACCAGCAGCAGUAUUACGCCACAAAUGGGCGAACGUACCCGAUUGGGAAGGGCGAACGCCAUGAUAGCCGAAUGAUGACCGGAUCCCUGGAAUCUCUCUUUGUUUCGGAAGCCAGCGGAGCCGAGGCAUCCAGCGAAUACAACAAUAGAAACCAGGGGGACCACCGCAAUCGAACGUCCGGUGAUGGCAUCGAGAAGGAUAUUGUAGAUUUGAAUCCGGAUCUAUGCUACACGCUCGGUGCCCUUAGCAGCGGACAGCAGAAACUGUGCUCCCAGCACACGAGCAUCAUGCCCGCCAUAAGCCGAGGAGCACGUGCAGCGAUACAGGAAUGCAAACAUCAAUUCCGGAAUCGUCGAUGGAAUUGCAGUAUCGUCGAUGAUGAUACCGUUUUCGGCCCAAUAUCGAAUAUAGGUUCCCCCGAAAUGGCUUUUGUGUACGCAAUGGCAGCGGCUGCAGCCUCCAGCUUCAUUGCCCGGGCUUGUCGCGAUGGGCAGCUGGCCUCCUGCGGAUGUUCCCGAAGCAGCCGGCCGUCGAAGCUGAACGAGGAUUGGACCUGGGGUGGCUGCGGUGACGAUAUGGAAUUCGGGUACAAGUUUACGCAAACAUUCAUAGACAUCCGGGAAAAGGAGAAAAAACGAGGCACACGUGGGUUGGUCUCGAUACCGGCCAAAUAUCCGAAAAUAAUCGAACGUCUGCUGGAUGCGCUGAACGAUACGACCAAAACCGGCGGAAUGCUCAACGAAACCGACACAAUCGUCCGACCCGACGAUCUGGAAAAACUGCAGGACAAAAUUGCUAAGGAGAUCGCCAAUUCGAAUCUCAAUCCCAAAGAAAUCAGCGACCUACAGGAGCGGAUUAACAAGGAAAUCACCAACUCCGAGGUAUUCAACCUGAAAAACGUCAACAUCUAUGAUAAAUUGAAAAAGAUAUUCAGAAAACCCGAGAAAACACUCAACGGAGUACAGUUUAGUGCGUCGGCCAAGGCACGAGCCCUGAUGAAUUUGCAUAAUAAUGAAGCUGGUCGAAGGGCCGUCAUUAAAAAGUCACGCAUCAUCUGUAAAUGUCACGGAGUUUCCGGAUCCUGUAGUUUGAUAACCUGUUGGCAGCAGUUAUCAUCAAUAAGAGAAAUAGGUGACUUUUUACGGGAAAAGUACGACGAAGCUACACAGGUGAAGGUCAACAAGCGAGGACGGUUACAGGUGAAAGAUCCGCGGUACCAAAUUCCCUCCGCACUGGAUCUGAUCUAUCUGGACGAAAGCCCCGAUUGGUGUCGCAUAAAUCGUCAACUUAAGUGGCAAGGGACGCACGGCCGGGUGUGUAACAAGACAUCAACCGGUUUGGACGGCUGUUCGAUUCUAUGUUGCGGCCGUGGAUACAACACGAAAAAGAUCAUCGUUAAAGAGCGCUGCAACUGCAAAUUCCAGUGGUGCUGUCAGGUCAAGUGCGAGAUUUGCACACGCAGCAUCGAGGAGUACACCUGUAAAUAGUGAAACUAAAUUAUUAUGAAGAAAUUGGUUAUUUUGUGGACAACAAGGCAGUGUAGGCAAAGUACCAAAUUAAAACGUCAUGAGAAGUUCUCAAUCGCAGCUCAAGCUUACUGUAUGCAUCCAGCAAACAGUAUCGAAAAUAUGUGAUUUUCCUUCGAGCGAUAAUAACUACUACUCAGUUGGUCAAUUUUACAGUGUGACUUUGAAUUUCCCUUUGAGUACGUGAUAAUAAGUAGGUGGUUGUAGGAUUAUACUCCUCCGAAGAGUCCUACCCUUUUUCCAUUUCAUCAUGACCGAUUUUUCAUCAACAGUUGUAUAUAGCAGUUAUGUCAGUGAAUGUUUAAGAUAUGAUACACAAGUAGAAUCAGCAGUAUUAUUAGAUACAGUUUUACUUAAACUUAUAUUUAUGCUUCCCACGCACUUAAACUCGUGGAAGAGAUUGGUGUAACGUGUGGGACGUCGUCCGGCAAAUACUAGUAUCUCCAAAAAUGAGAUGAUCCGUGCGAAAGAUAGAUGGUUAUACAUUUAUUGGGCUGGCGAGCUCCCAUCUCCAGUUGGAUUAGGUUGGUCUAGUUUGCCUUUCAUAAAUACAAAUCUUGUUGUAGAUAUCACAUUUAAAUAUUAGCACAGCUUGUGAGCAUGAAAAUGGGCGAUUCAAUCUUAAUAUGUUCUACCUACCAUAUUGUGAAUCUGCCGUUAGAUUUUGAACGUAUUCUUCAAAUUACAUUUUUAGAUGUAUCUUUGAGGCAUGAAUUUGUGUGUGCAUACAUACACAAACCCACACAUACACUCUCAUGAUAAUACGUAGUCAGGAAAACCCAUGCGCUCCUUCAUAAAGUUCAAGAUGUGUAACGGCAAGGGACACAUUGCAAACUGAAGAAAUCAUAUGCCAUCGAACGACUAAUCUACCUAUUUUUAGUGUUAAUGCACUAUUGGAAGUGAACUUCUUUGUAUCGCAGGCAUCUUUGAAUUGUUAACAUUCAUAGAGUACUAGUAAACAGAAAACUAAUAAAGAUUGUAUUGAA